AUGGCGCCGUUGCUGCAAAUCGGACUGCUUGUUCUGUUCGCCAUUGUGAUUUUUGCCAUCAUCGGUCUGGAGUUCUAUUCAGGGGCAUUCCAUUCGGCGUGCUACAAUGAUCGCGGUGAAAUCGAAAAUGUCAGCGAAAAACCGUCGCCGUGCACUAAUAAAACCACUACAAUGGGUGUGUACAACUGUGAUGUUGAAGGCACGACAUGUCUCAAUAAAUGGAUCGGUCCUAAUUACGGUAUCACAUCGUUUGAUAACAUUGCUUUUGCUAUGAUUACCGUAUUCCAAUGCAUUACUAUGGAAGGAUGGACAACGGUCAUGUACUAUACAAACGACUCGCUGGGAAGUACCUACAACUGGGCGUAUUUCAUUCCACUUAUCGUGCUCGGCUCAUUUUUCAUGCUGAAUCUCGUCCUCGGUGUUCUUUCCGGAGAAUUUGCGAAAGAAAGAGAGCGAGUGGAGAAUCGUCGUGAAUUCCUGAAGCUUCGUCGACAACAGCAGAUCGAACGUGAGCUCAACGGCUACCUCGAAUGGAUUAUGGCGGCCGAGGAGGUGAUUCUCAAAGAAGAUCGGACUACUGAAGAGGAGAAACAAGCAAUUCUUGACGGUCGUCGUAGAGCUGAGACGAAAAAGAAGAUGAAGGAUGCAUCCAAGCAACAGUCAACGGAAACUGAAGAGGACAUGGAAGAGGAGGAGGAGGAACUCGACGAGGAAUAUCUCGACGAGGGAGGCGAGCCAGGAGAAGAUUUCGGUAGAGACGCGAGUGCUAACGCCGUCGUCGAGGUUGUUACUAUGCUGUGUGUAAGAGAAUCCGAAAAGCGAGGUAACCCAAUCCAAAUGCGGGUAAUAGUGAAGACGCAAGUAUUCUAUUGGUCCGUCAUCACUUUGGUCUUUCUGAACACGGCAUGUGUCGCGUCUGAACACUACGGGCAGCCACCGUGGCUCACAAAAUUUUUACAGUACGCCGAAUACGUUUUUCUAGGAAUUUUUAUUAUGGAAGUCUUGCUCAAAUUGUUUGCCAUGGGUUCGCGUACAUAUUUCGCGUCAAAGUUCAAUCGCUUUGAUUGCAUUGUCAUUGUCGGCUCGGCAUUUGAAGUUAUAUGGGCUGAAGUGAAAGGCGGCUCAUUUGGUAUUUCAGUGCUGAGAGCGCUGCGAUUGCUCAGGAUAUUCAAGCUAACGUCUUACUGGGUGUCUCUUCGUAAUUUGGUUCGGUCACUGAUGAAUUCAAUGCGAAGUAUUAUCUCAUUGUUGUUCCUGCUUUUCCUUUUUAUUCUCAUCUUUGCUCUACUUGGAAUGCAGUUAUUCGGUGGCAAGUUCAACUUUCCCACAAUGCAUCCAUACACCCACUUUGAUACGUUUCCUGUUGCCUUGAUUACAGUAUUCCAGAUCCUCACUGGCGAAGAUUGGAAUGAGGUGAUGUAUCUAGCCAUAGAAGCGCAAGGCGGCAUUUAUGGUGGAGGAAUGGUGUACUGUAUCUAUUUCAUUGUUUUGGUACUUUUCGGAAACUCUUUGGCUAUCGCCGUGGAUAACCUGGCGAAUGCUCAAGAGCUGACUGCAGCUGAAGAGGCCGAUGAGAAAGCUAAUGAAAUGGAUGACAGUGAAGAGGAAGAACCGGAUGGCGACCACUGUGCUAUUGACAUGGAUGGAAACGAUCAGGAUGAUGAUGAAGAGUGCGAAGAAGAAGAGUCACCUUUUGGUGGUCCCCGACCGAUGGUUCCCUACACAUCGAUGUUCUUCCUGUCUCCAUCAAACCCGCUACGCGUUCUCGUUCACAGUAUCGUCUGUACAAAAUAUUUCGAAAUGAUGGUGAUGGGAGUGAUUUGUUUGUCGUCUAUUUCGCUAGCUGCUGAGGACCCCGUCGAUGAGGACAAUCCGAGGAACAAGGUGCUACAGUAUAUGGAUUACUGUUUCACUGGUGUCUUCGCGUGCGAAAUGCUUCUGAAGCUGAUCGAUCAGGGCAUAAUACUUCAUCCUGGGUCGUACUGCCGUGACUUCUGGAACAUACUCGAUGGUGUUGUUGUGACAUGUGCUCUUGUUGCAUUUGGCUUCGCUGGUACUGAAGGGUCGGCUGGUAAGAACUUGAACACAAUCAAAUCGCUGAGAGUGCUCCGUGUGCUGAGACCAUUGAAGACUAUCAAGAGGAUCCCAAAGCUGAAGGCUGUGUUCGACUGCGUCGUCAAUUCACUUAAAAACGUGUUCAACAUUUUGAUUGUAUACUUUCUAUUUCAAUUCAUCUUUGGGGUGAUUGCUGUCCAGCUUUUUAAUGGGAAAUUCUUUUACUGCACCGACAAAACGAAACGCUUUGCACAUCAGUGUCAUGGACAAUUUUUCAUUUUCGACAAUCAGAACGAACCACCUCGUGUAGAACAGAGAGAAUGGAGGCUUCGGCCAUUCAACUACGACAAUACGAUCAACGCUAUGCUCACACUGUUUGUGGUGACUACGGGUGAGGGAUGGCCGGGUAUUCGCCAGAACUCAAUGGAUACUACAUUUGAAGACCAGGGACCAAGUCCUUUCUAUCGGGUCGAGGUUGCACUAUUUUAUGUGAUGUUCUUUAUUGUAUUUCCCUUCUUUUUCGUCAAUAUUUUCGUUGCACUGAUUAUCAUCACUUUUCAAGAGCAGGGCGAAGCUGAGCUGUCAGAAGGUGAUUUGGAUAAGAAUCAGAAGCAGUGUAUCGAUUUUGCGUUGAACGCUCGACCACGCUCUCUGUUCAUGCCGGAAGACAAGAACUCAAUCAAAUAUCGAAUUUGGCGGCUUGUCACUUCAGCACCCUUUGAAUACUUCAUUAUGGCAAUGAUUUGUUGUAACACAAUCAUUCUUAUGAUGAAAUUUCACGGGAAUUCCGACUUUUACGAAAAAGUCCUCAGAUUAUUCAACACCGCACUAACAGCUGUGUUCACUGUGGAGAGUAUUCUGAAGAUUCUCGCGUUUGGAGUUCGAAAUUAUUUCCGAGAUGGUUGGAACAGAUUCGAUUUUGUGACAGUCGUCGGCUCCAUCACUGAUGCGUUGGUCACUGAAUUUGGAGGACAUUUCGUUUCACUUGGUUUCCUGCGUCUUUUUCGUGCAGCACGCCUCAUUCGACUUCUACAACAAGGAUACACUAUUCGAAUUCUGUUGUGGACUUUCGUUCAAAGCUUCAAGGCCCUUCCUUACGUCUGUCUUCUCAUCGGCAUGCUGUUCUUCAUUUACGCGAUUGUUGGUAUGCAGGUCUUCGGUAACAUCUGGUUGAAUGCCGCUACCGAAAUCAAUCGCCACAACAAUUUCCAGUCGUUCUUCAAUUCAGGUCAAACUUGCGGAAGUAAUGUAAGCUACGCGUAUUUCACCUCGUUCGUCUUCCUAUCUUCUUUCUUGAUGCUGAAUCUGUUCGUUGCCGUUAUAAUGGACAAUUUCGACUACCUCACAAGAGACUCCUCCAUUCUUGGUCCUCACCACUUGGAUGAAUUCAUUCGUGUAUGGGCCGACUACGAUCCAGCAGCCACUGGACGCAUUCACUACACGGAUAUGUACGAUAUGUUGCGUAACAUAACGCCGCCUGUUGGAUUUGGACGGAAGUGCCCGUAUCGAUUAGCUUACAAACAUUUAGUUCGUAUGAAUAUGCCGGUCGCUGAGGAUGGUACGGUCCACUUCACGACCACUCUCUUCGCUCUCAUUAGGGAAAGUCUCAGCAUCAAAAUGCGGCCAGUAGAAGAAAUGGACGAAGCUGAUGAAGAACUGAGACAGACUUUGAAGAAGAUUUGGCCCUUAAAGGCGAAGAAGAAUAUGAUUGAUUUAGUGGUGCCGCCAAAUCAUGAGCUCUGCUUUCAAAAAUUGACGGUAGGGAAAAUUUACGCCGGUCUUCUCAUUCUGGAAAACUAUCGAGCGAAGAAGAGUGGAACUGAGAUUGGUGGUGGUGGUCUGUUUGGUGGCGGCCUUCGUGGAUUGGUUGCUGCUGCUAAGGCAGCUGGUGGAGUCAAUCAUUUGCCAGCACCUCAGGUUGACGAAACCAGUCAGCUGAUACCAAAUCAUACGCCACAUGCAAACAAAACACCUGCACAGCGCCCGUACACACUCUACACUCCACUCGAGGAGGCACCAAAGUCCAACAAGAGCAGUGAAGAUGGAGGCGACACACCGAUUCGAUAUUCUCCGCCGCAGGAUGUGCCGAAAUCCACGACUGCAGGUCGUCGGUUAUCGGACAUGUUCUCACGGAUUCGUCGUGGUGGCGGUGGUGGCGCUCACGAUCCUCCUCAGACCGAACAACUUUUACCUUCCCAACGCUCGAGAACUCCAUCGCCACGCUACUCUAGCGUACAUGGGAGAAAUAUGAGUCCUCCCAGUCCAGCAGAGCGGUAUCCAUCACGUUUCAGAUCUAGUUCACCACCAUCAUCGUCUGAUUACGUCAUGUCCGUGAGGGAUCCAGCUCUCCGAAGACCCCGUCCAGCACAACUUUACUACUCACGCCCGCUGCGCACUGGCUACUCAUCCUACUCUCCGCAGCAGUACGCUCGUAGUCCUUUCUCUGACGACAGCGUGACAAGUAGCUAUCGGCGUCAUGGUUACUCCAGAUAUCACGAUUCGACACCACCAGAAAUCAGUGAAGACGAUGAGACGAUGCCGAAUUCAGUGAGGCAACGUCGUUUGCCGUUGAUUGCCUCUAUACCACCCUCCAGCGGUAAUGAUCUGCGACCAGGUCCUUAUGCUCCGUCAUCAUAUUCAGGUUUUACACCGAGUGCUUCUCAUUCAUCGAUAGGUCAAUUUGCAUCGCCGCCAUAUCGCCCUCCAUCUGUUGUGUCGCCAGCACGUCCACAUCACCAAGAUUACUACACGCCUAGAGAGAACUAUUACGAUAUACCAUCUCCCAGUCCGGCUGGAAAUGAUGUUUAUCAUGGAUAUAAUCGUUCAUCACCAUCACGAUACCCUUCUGUGGUAUAUGCCCACGAUACCGGUCCGCGGACCAGAAUUAUUCAAGCUCAGUCCGGUGCCAUACCAUUGAGUGAUUCCGAUUCAGACGACCAAGAGCGAUGGGCUGUUGUU